CAAUAAUCAAAUCGAAAAUGGAGAAGAAUCAAGAUAAAGAAACAGGUGGGAGAAAGGCAACUGAGAAUAGUGAAAAGAAGAUAGAAAAUUUAGAAGGACUUCCAAUGAAGGACAGCCCGUAUUUGCAGUACAAAGACUUGGAGGAUUAUAAGCUUCAAGGUUAUGGAACGGAAGGCCAUCAGGAACCCACCCCUGGCCGUGGCGCUGGCUCCACCGAUGCCCCAACUCCUUCCGGUGCUCCCUCCACCACUGAUGUCAUUAACCGCCAAGGAGUCCCCUAGAUUCAUUUAUAUAUUUUCAGCCCUUGAUCAAGAAUCCAAUGGCUGAAAUAAUUCCGUUUACUAGAUCCUGUAUUUUGCUUUAAGAAUCCAAUGGUUGUAAUAUUUUUAUUUUAAACUUUGAUAAGUUGAGAGGAAACGUGGUAAA